AUGAAUGCAACCAGUCCCCAACCAUCAUCUGCUGAGGAGCCAGAUACUCCGACGGCAACGUCAACACAACAUCACCUUACUGCAACAGAAGACGAAUCCAGUGCUCGACCCUCGUCUACUGAAAACUCAGAUACUGCGAGUGCAACAUCAGCAACACCAUACUACCUGACUGAUACAGAGGACAAAUCCAGUCGUCAAACAUCGUUUACUGAGAAGCCAGAUGCAGAUACUUCGACAACACCACACCAGCUUAGUGAGGCAGAAGGCGAAUCCAGACCCCAACCAUCCUCUUAUGAGAAGCCAGAUACUCCGACGGGAACGUCAGCAACACCAUACUACCUGACUGAUACAGAGGACAAAUCCAGUCUCCAAACAUCGUUUACUGAGAAGCCAGAUACAGAUACUUGGACAACACCACAUCACCUUAGUGAGGCAGAAGACGAAUCCAGUCCCCAACCAUCCUCUUAUGAGAAGCCAGAUACUCCGAGGGAAACGUCAACACAACGCUACCUGACUGAUACAGAAGACGAAUCCAGUCGUCAAACAUCAUCUACUGAGAAGCCAGAUACUUCGACAACAACACACCACCUUAACGAGGCAGAAAACGCCGUCUUCCUAAAAGUGAGCUGUAUGGUCGUAUAG